AUGGCCAGCAACCUUCCAGAUGACGAUGAAGGCGGCCUCUUCACCAGCAAAUCGACAAUGUUGGCCAACUUUGAACAGUGGAUCAAAAUGGCCACGGACAACAAGAUCAACUCAAGAAACAGCUGGAACUUCGCGUUGAUAGACUAUUUCCACGAUCUCAAUGUGCUUAAGGAUGCAGAAGAUAACAUUAACUUCCAGAAAGCGUCUGCCACUCUGGAUGGCUGCGUAAAAAUCUACUCAUCGAGGGUAGAUUCUGUUGCCAAUGAAACAGGGAUCUUACUUAGUGGACUUGCUCAAAGAAAAAAUCAGCAAGCAGUACAAGGUGCCAAUGACGGCACUGCCAAUAACCAAGAGACAGGUGAUGAUGCGGCCACAGAUGGAGCAGUCACGAUCGACCCAGCAACCGGAUUGCCUGUUUCGAAUGAGAUUGACAACGUUGCACGAAAGCGCAAUUACAACCGAGUUUUGGAAACGACACUAGUGGACUUUGAAACGCUACGAAUGCGUGAACUGGAUCAAGAGCUGACAAUUGACCCUCUCUUCAAGAAAGCGCUGGCGGAUUUCGACGAAGGAGGUGCCAAAAGCUUGCUCAUCAAUACCCUUCACGUUGAUAACUCGUGCCGGAUAGUUUUCGAUGCUACGACGACUCAAGACUCUAAAAUAAGCUCCACGAAAUCUGCAAAAGUACCGGAAGAGGAUGUCCAAGCGGAGAAGCCACCUGCUGUGGACCAGGACGGUGACGAGAUAAUGGGUGAAACAGAUAGUCGAUCGACACCGCAGGAAAACACACCCGAGCCGCACGAAAUGCCACCGAGUGCCUUCGUAUCUUUGGCGAAUCAAAACAUCGACGUGGAAGACGAGAUUUUGGCUCUUGGCAUGGACUUCAUCGACUUCAAACUUAUAAAUGAGGCAGAGAUAUGCCCAUCCAUGCAAAGACUGAAGGACGUGGUCACUGAUGUGCACAAAGCAAAAUCUUUUAUCGAUGAUGUGAACAACAAAGCGGACAACUUUUUGACUGAGCAAGAUCUUCAGGAAGCUAUGCCGGAUCCCAAUGACAACAACAACGACGACUUCGAUCUGCCGCCUGAUGGUGAGUUUGGAAUGAACGAUGGACUCUAUGAUGAUGACGACAAUGUUAUUAACGAAGCCAGUGAGCGCACGAAUGACAUAUCGAUGGCGGCAGACAGAGACGCUUCAGUCGCAGACGCCACAACCGGCGUUAUGGAUCGUGACGUAAUGGCCUAUUUUGACGAAACGUUGAGAAAGAGUUGGCGGGGCCGUGAACACUGGAAGGUGAGAAACUUCAAAAACAGGGUACGAGCCGCUACAGGUGAAGAGGUAGGCCGAGGGGCGAAAGAUAGCGAAACUGUGGAAAAAGACGGAGAGGCUGCGAAAACCAAGAAAGCGGCUAAGACUAAAUUGAGUAUUGACUUUUUCAAUUUCGACGACGCCGUCGAGGAAAGAAUAUUCGAAAAGAAGAAGGGAAGCAUCGAAAUGUCACAAAAAUCACGUACAAACCCGGGACAUUUCUUACUUCCCAACGAUUAUCAAUUUUCGACUCAAAAAAUUACACGGCUUUUCUUGAAGCCGACUCAACAGAUGAGCUUCUUUUCGCACCGAAAACCUGGUACAGGCCAUCAAAAUGUCGGUGGGACGCUGAAAAUCGAUGACACGGACAUCAAUGGGAAUAGCGAAAUUAUUGAAUUGGCUGAUCAGAAUUUCUGGGCAAAAAACUAUCAAAUGCAGGAGGAGGAAGAAAAAGCCGGUGAAUCUAAUCAAUAUGAACUGGUUGACGUUGUGAACAACCUGCCGAACCCGUUCGACGAUAAUGACGGCGGAAUCGAUUUUAAUCAGGCCUUUGGAAACGACAGUUUAGAGGAUGCUGAAAACGGGUCCCUCGAUCCUCCGGCUAGUGGGUCGACGGGUUUGGCGCAACCUUUGGGAAGAGCAGAUGGGAAAGUUAGAUACUCGAGGGUUUCGAAAAAAGUGGACAUCAAAAAGCUAAAGGACAAUAUAUGGACCUCGAUUACCGGGGCUCUAGAACGACACGAGAAGGAACAACAACAACAACAACAGCAGCAGCAGCAGCAACAGGAGCAGCAGGACAAAGAAGACCAACAGCAAGACAAGGAAACUCAAGACGAGACGGACCGUUCCAGAUGCGAACCCUCACCAUCCGAGAACGGCGACCCCGAUUCAUCCUCAGCGAUCACCAGUCUUAAAUUUUCAGAGAUCACCGAGCGCAUCAGUGCCAUGUACACGAACGACAGGAGAAAAGAUCUCUCCACCAGUUUCUGUUUCAUUUGUCUGCUCCAUCUGGCCAACGAGCAUGGUUUCGCUGUGGAGCCCACUGACAAGUUCGAUGAUCUUGCCAUCAAAAUCCAAAAUACUCUGGCCCUAAAUGACCUCGCAACAUCCUAA